AUGUCCGUUGAUAUCAACAACUUCGAUUCAACCCGCGUACUGGUCGGCGUUCCUUAUCUCAAUACUGUCUUUCAUUUUACCGUAAGUGGCGGUGGAAGAAUACUAACAUUGUCCGACCAAAGAAGUAAUGGAAACAGUGUUGGCUUUGGCAAGGGCGUUGCUUGGCUUGCAUCUAAUCAAGCCGCCAUUCUUGCCAACCAAUAUACAUCAACAUUUUCUAGUUGGUUAUCUUCACAGAUAUGGCUCUAUACGCAGUUAUCGACAACAGGUCUUGCUUCAGCAGCAACAGCCAUCAUACCUAACUGUCAACAGCCUAUACCUUCCAACAUUAAUAGUGAACUUCUUAAUAUAAAAUCUACUCCAACUGUAUUGACUGUCUUAGAUGUAUUUGGUGGAAUUCUUUUUAUUAUAGCUACUGCUCCUGGCUAUUAUGCUUCAACGGAUACAAGUCUUGCACCCGUGUCUAUUGCAAUACCAAUCAUCAGUACAACACAAAACUGUUCCGCAGGAAUGAUGAAGAGUGACACAGGAGUUCAUCCAUGUAGUCUUUGUCCUAUGGGCUGGAAAAGUAGUGUAGGUAGCAUAAAUUGUACAGUUUGUAAUGCAUCAGCAUUUUGUCCGCUUGGUGCUGUGGAUGAAGUGUCCCAAAGUGAGCUGCAAACGGUCUCGCAAGCAUUAUGUGGUAAAGAUGAAGAUAGCUCAGACGAUGAUGAUGAUGUAGAGAGUCAACAUGGAAAGCUGAGUGGACGUAAAUCAGCAAAAGUAUCUCCAGGUUCAGUUCAUCCAAAGCAAUUCGAAGAACUUGAAGGGCCACAUGUGAGCUAAUCAAGUAAAAAACCCAACGAUUCACAAAGCAAUCCGUCUACUAUUGUAGUUUGGAGUUGAAAAGAACAAUAGCAGAUGGUUAUCGAUCACUGCGACUCUUGCAGCUUGCAAUUGAUGUGUCACCGUUUGAUUUUUACAUUUUAGUUUCACUGAUUGUUAUUUUAUGAUUGCUUUUCUCUCUCUAUCAUACCUGACUAUCUGCAGCCGUCUCCGAUGAUCUUUGUCUCAUUAAUCGACAUCUCGUUCAUGAGUCAAUAAUUGUUGCAUCAUAUAUUAUUUCACUGCAUAUGCUUUGAUUUUCUUUAUCACUAAUAUCACUAUUUUCUUUUAUGUAUGUUCUUUGUUUCUGUUUCUGUUUUUCUCUCUUUCACUUUAUAUAUAAGCGAAUGCAUAAUAAAAAAAUUGAUAACUCUGCCACUGUAGCCUCUUGUCGUUGACAAAGUUCUUCUUUAUGCAUUUUCUAAAAGUAAUCUUGACUCACAUUACUGUUGAAUCCUAAGUCUCAACCGACGAUGAUAUCAAUGCAUGAUUGCUACCUUUAUUUAACACGUAGACUCUGUUUGACAUAUGGAACAAACUAUCCACGAGAUCAAACUGCAAAUCGAAAAUCAAAUCAUCACCCUUCACUAUUAGCAUCAGAACCUCUGGACACAAAAUUCUGACAGCACGGAGUUUUUCAAUAUUAACCAAGUUGAACUAAAGCAAACCUUUUCGAUAUACAUUGUACGACCUCUCUUCGAUUGCAUGGUCAUCAUUCAUCCAUGGAUCCACAAGAAAUCAACAUUUUUCCGAUCUAAUUUUCUCUAGGUCUCAUAAUCCAUUUAGCUCCUUUACUCCUAUUGAUUUCAUGUGUUAUUAUUAAUUUUACGCCUACUCGUCUCUUCGGUUCAUGUUACGGUCAGAAUGAAGUUCACUUUCGGAGUGAUGGUCUGCAUGCAGUUAUUUUUCAAGUUCUAGCUGAAUGCUAAACAGGGCUAUGGAAAGACUGAAAUCAUUAAAUCGAUUCAAAGGACUAAAGAGACUCGAGCGUAUGAAGAAAGUUAGGGUGUGAGUGUCGAUUUGCUCAUCACAGGCACUCUAUCACAUCCACACCCACAUUCAUUUUUACUAAAUCUGGAGUUGCCCGAGCAACUUAUCAGCAUAGUUCAUUUCAUUGACUGUCAUUGGUCUCUAAGUGUGAUCCGCUCAGAGGGGAUCACUGGUCUGAAGGGGUAGUUAAAAUUUCAUUCAUAUAAGUGGAAAGUGAAAGCUCUCUCAAAACAAUUCAUAAACAGGAGUGUCAUUAGCGGCAAGUUAUUUCUAGGAGCGUAUUUUUUUUUAAAAUGUUCCACGUAUAGAUCCAGGCAGGCUUAAGAGGAGCUAAAGCUUGUCAUAAAGUCUGAAACAUCUCACUUUGCAAAAGCUGACUGACGAAAACGGUUUCUAGAUUUUUUUGUCAUUUAGUCACUGGAAAAAUUCACUGAAAAAAUGAGCUGAAGAACAACACUUUUGAAAGACAAACAAGGGUGAGGAUGCCGCCUUGAUCGAGUAGCAUGUUUCUUUUUAAUUUUAUUCAUUUCUUUUACACUGAAACUCAAGACGACAGUUGAGAAUGCUGCUAGCCCCAAGAGAGUGUAAAAAACGUAUAGUUCAGAGCAUUUGGAAAUAGUGUAAUAAGAGUUUUAACUCCGAAAAUGCUGACUUGAAACUAUUCUAUCAAGCUUCACUACAAAAGUUCUAUUUUUUCUUGUGUUCAAAAUGAAAGAAAAAUUCGACGCUGUUUUCGCCGUUUUGAUAUGGUCAGGAUUGAGCCCACCCUAGGCAGAAGUCUGGUUACGUCGUUACUA